AUGUCUUUCAUCUUGACCGCAUCUUCCGCCGCCGCUACCUUUGCUGUCAACGAUACACGAUCGGCCACUCCUCUUCCACCUACCAACUCGCUUCGUAUCCUCAUUGUCGACGACAAUCAUGUCAACCUUAUGGUUCUCAGCAUGCUCCUCAAGCGCCGUUUUGGCCAUGCCCUAGCGCGUCCGCCCGUCAGCCUUGACAGCGGUCUCAAGGCACUGCAGUUGCUUCGCACCCAGAUCUUUGAUCUCAUCUUCAUGGACAUCGAGAUGCCCUAUCUCAACGGUGUCGAGUGCACUCGUCGCAUCCGAGCUGGUGAAGAUGGUAUCCUCGCUGCCAAUCGCAAUGCACACGUCGUCGCUGUCACCACCAAGGUAGGCGCCGAGCCCGCUUCGCUCUAUCGACACGUAGGCAUGGACGGCAUGAUCAGCAAACCCGUCCGCUUUCAGAAUUUCCAACAGUACAUCUGCCCUCUUUCCAUCGAAGCAUCCGAGGCCAAAAGUUACGUCACUCCAGUGCUUGUUGGCACCGAUCAUGUCUUGCCCCCGCUCCCUCCCAUUGACCUUGAGCAUCGGCUCUUCUUUGUGCCCACCGCCAACGGAGGCGUUGUCGUCAAGUCCAAGUCAUCUGGUCGCGACUGCAGCUCACCUGAGCCUGAAUACCCGGACGCCAAUCAGUUCGCGGCUAUGCUCAAGGCGCAAACGUCCAAGUCGCUGCGUGACCGCAAGGUACUCUCAAUCUUGCGCUCCACCACGCUUUCUGAACCACGCAGGUCGUUGUUCAACUCGCCUAGGUCCGAGCAUCUUGGAGCAAUGCAUUCCAGUGUGAAGUCCAGCGCCGACGUUCCGGCAGAUGCUGUAGCUCGUAGUCGCGUCGAGCGUCGAGUCCAGACUAGCGAGCUUCGUGAUUUCCGCGAUAGCUUCCAGGACUUUGCGCUCACGUUUCAGUCACCGACACUCUCUUUUGAGGGCCUCGUCGAUCGCGAAACGCGCGAACGCGAACGUGAUGGCAACGUUGGAAGGUGUGCACCUGCUCCAGUCAGGCCCGUGCCGAUUCAUCGUAUCAGUUCGCCUGCGUAUUUGCUGGACGGCUCGCCCAUCAGCCGCGUUCGUGCCGAACCAGCAAUGAGCUCCAAUCCGGAGCUUGUGCCCAGUCACGCUGUGGGUCCUGACAUUCGUCCGUUGCCGCUCAAGCGACCUCGAUGCAAUGACUCGGACGGUUCGGCAUCCGGUCCUACUGAAUGCACUUACGGCGCUGAACACACCGCUUCGUCGUCCUCGGCUGGGUCUAUCACGCGGGCCUUGUCGGACUACACGUGCAUCACUCAACGCUCUACCUCGCUCGAGCUUCUGAGCAGCUUCAGCAGUCAUCGUACUACGAGCCCGUCAUCUUCGGUCACCACGCCAGUGUCCUCUCCUGCUGACAUGGAAUAUCUGAGCGAUGGCAAGGUCGACGAUGAAAUGCGCAAGGCAAUCUUCAGUCCUUAUACGGAUGAUAUGUUGCUGCCACGCGUGCCUGGUCUUGGAUACUUGGAUGCGACUAGUCUCUCCUCGUUUCCGCCUCUGUCAAAGCAAUUUAUGUCGCUUCAAAACAGUCCGGGCAUCCUGAUCUGCGAUGCUGAUGGCGAGGCCGACGACAGCAAGUCGGCUCUUCGAGGCGACAUCUGUCCAGGCAUGGAGACACUUGAUCUGGACCAACAUUCGCAAACUCACUAG